ACGCGCCGGCGCGCCGGGAGGUUGCCGUGGUAACGGCAGGCCUGGCGGCCAUGGAGGGUGGCGGGAGGCCCUCGGCCGCACAGGCCGUGCUGUUGACCGCCAGCACCGCCAUCACCGCUCUGCUCUACUCCGUCUACCGGCAGAAGGCUCGCGUGGCCCGCGAGCUCGAGGGCGCCAGGAAGGUGCGGCUGGACGGGGACCUGCGGGCCGUGCUGCUGGAGGCGCCCGGGCGCUGCGUGCCCUAUGCGGUCAUAGAAGGUGUGGUGCGGUCGGUGAAGGAGACCCUGAGCAGUCAGUUUGUGGAGAACUGCAAGGGUGUGGUGCAGAGGCUGACCCUGCAGGAGCACAAGAUGGUGUGGAACAGAACCACCCACCUCUGGAACGAUUACAAGAAGAUCAUCCACCAGAGAACCAACACCACCCCCUUUGACCUGGCCCCUGCUGAGGAUGGCAGUGGUGUCACUGUGCGGGUGAUGAAGCCUCUGGAUGCUGCUGAGCUCAGCCUGGAGACGGUGCAUGAGAAAUUCCACCCCUCUGUGCAGUCCUUCACGGACGUCAUCGGCCACUACAUCAGCGGGGAGCGCCCCAAGGGGAUCCAGGAGACGGAGGAGAUGCUGAAGGUGGGCACGGCCCUGACUGGGGUGGGAGAGCUGGUUCUGGAUAAUGCCACCAUCAAGCUGCAGCCCCCAAAGCAGGGCAUGCCCUACUACCUGAGCUCCAUGGAUUUUGAGUCCUUGCUGCAGAAACAAGAGUCUGGUGUCCGGUUUUGGAAAAUCCUGACCGUCAUUUUCGGCUUUGCCACCUGCGCCGUUCUGUUCUUCCUGCUGCGGAAGCAAUACCGGCACCACCGCGAGAGGCAGCACCUCAGGCAGAUGCAGGAAGAAUUCCGGCAGGCCCAGGAGCGCCUGACGAACGCCGAGGGGGGGGAGGUUCUCAAAAACGCCUGCGUGGUCUGCUUGAGCAGCACCAAAUCUUGCGUUUUUCUGGAGUGUGGCCACGUCUGCUCCUGCCACGCGUGCUACCAGGCUCUUCCUGAGCCCAAAAAGUGCCCAAUCUGCAGGCAGAGCAUCACUAGGAUGGUUCCCUUGUACAAUAGUUAAUGUUUUGAGAUUCUCGGGGGUAAGAUUUUGGUUUUAAAGCUGCCACUGGCAAAGGGUUUUUUUCACCUUGCUGCUUGGGUUGUGGAUUUUGGGGAAGGGGAGGGAGCUUGGGGGAGUGAGUGCUUCAGCAGGGGAGCAGAGCUGAGUCUGAAAAGGUGACUCUGCAGCUUGCUCACGCUGUGCUUUGGAGGUGUUUUUGAGAGAGAUGAUUCCUUGCAAAGGGUGAGGUGCUGGUGGGGAGAUGCAGCUUGAAGCUCUUCUGUUAAGGUUUGAACUCUCAUGGUUUGUGUUAUGGUUACAGAGCCUGCAGCUAGUAAAAACAGGGGGAAAGCAAAAAUAAAAUGUGUUAAGGGUUCUGAGAGGCUGCAGAAUUCCUCUCAUGACUGAGGCUGCCAGAGGGCUGCAAGGCCUGGCUGAGCAGGAGGGGCUGUAAGGUAGCAGGGGGUGUGAACGCAGGCAAUUCUGUGAUCCCCAAAAUGGUUUUGUUAUACCAGGGUAUGAGGAUGGGUAUGUGAGAAUGUUGUGGCUAAUGGCUGGGCUUGGCUUGGCUUGGGAUAGCAAAUGGAGUAAAAAAUAGGAUGAAAGGUGUGUCUGUGUGAGAUGAUUCUAUGGGAAUGGUGAGGUUUAUCCUCCCUGAGGUGGACACUGAGCCUGGAUCAUCCCAAGCCAUGAUGGAGGUUGGCUGAGGGGGGGAACCUGUCCCCUCUGCACUGGACAUGACAGUCACCACUGUCCCCUCAUGACACAGGUGGUGCCAAAUCCCCCAAACUGACACAAAGAAGGAAAAUUCCCUUCCCAGACAUCCCCAUUUUGCCAUAAAUCCCAUAUACACCCAAAAGGGUUAAUGGACCCAAAGUGCUGCUGCAUUUAACAUAUGCUGGGGAGCACAAUUAGAGAAACAUUCCUGGGGAAUGAGGGAGCCUCAAGUAGGAACAGCUGAAAACUCCAGGGCUGAGACAGCCCCUGGGCACCCCUGCUCAGCCAUUCACAUCCCCCGGGCACAUUUAAAAAAGAAACAUUCCCAUCGACUGGCCUUUAAAA